UACUUAUGUUUCAAAUUCAAAUUGAGUAGAAAAUAUUUCCGUUGCUGUAUUUAUUUUAUUGUAUUUCGUUCUCGAUUUUGUUUUAUUGUAGGUAUUGAAAAGUCCUAAUAGGCACAUAGACUCGAAUAUUGCGAUAUUCCUAUGCUACAUACGUGUAUGAUCUAAUACAAAGAAUUAUGGAGCGUGCUCAAGCAUUUACUGUGGAGAACUUCAUAAGCAACUGGAAUGGCGACUUUCCCAAUUAUCCCCUUACGGCUGCAGAUCUGAAGAAUCCACAGGCGUUAAUGGGGGCUUUGUUCCAAGUUUUCGACAGACUUGCCAUUGACAGAGAUGCUAUUCUUAUGCCACCAUCUGAAGAAAACCGCAACGAGCAUAUGAUGUACUACGCAGACCUGAUACCGGUGAUCAACAUGACCCGAGUGAUCAACCACCUGGUGUCCGUGAUGCCACAAGUGGAUGCCACCAUCAGCAUCAUGCACUUCCUGCAACCCACCACUACCACUUCACACUCUAUACUGCUGCUCCUGUUUAACCUCAUGGUGUUCAAUGAGGAACGUCUGAGGGAUAUCGCACCGCAUGAAGAGGAAUUGUUUGCUAAAAGUGAAGAGGUAAAAGCAUUGGACGAUAAAAGAAAUCGUCUGAUAGAGAUGCUAAACAUACAAGCAGAGGAGAAAGGAAAGCGCGCUGAACGACUUGAAAAGUUAGAUCAAGACAUCAAACAAUUAGAGGAAGAGCUCAAACAAGAAAAAGAAAUACACGAUGUGGAAAAACAGGAGCUGGAAGCAGUUUUGAAGGAAAACCAUCAGAUUGAACUGGUUCUUGAGCAGAAAAAGACUCAGAGGGACGCAUUGCUGGACGAAGUGUCACGGAAGAAGGCUUUGAGGGUGUACGAUGCGGACGAUAUCAGGGCGCAGGCGCAACAAGCAGCGCAGAAUGUACAAGAGGCAGACGAAAAAUUGAAUUCGUUGAAGGAAACACUUAUGCAGAAGGAAUUCUGUUUGAAAAACUUGCAGACUAUCAAACCGGGCCUCGAUGAGGCUAAUAAUCUGCUACAUGAGAUUAUGAAGUUGAAUGAGGGUAUAAACGAGGAGGCGGAGGGCGCGGAGAGCGCGGAGAGCGCGGAGGGCGAGCUGGAGCCGCUGCGCGCGGAGCUGGCGGAGCUGCGCGCGGCGCGCGAGGCCGCGUGCGUCGCGCGCCGCGCGCGGCUGCUGCAGCGCCGCCACCACCAGCGAGCUGCCGACAGUGCGCUCCGCGAGGCCGAAGAGAAGGAUCGUAAAAGCCGAUCACGGUCCCAGCAAGCGCUGCAGCGAUGUGAGGAAAUCAAACAAAACACUGCUCAGUACGACGCAGAGAAGACGGAAGGCAUGAAGCAUUUGCAAGAUAUGAAAAUUCGUUAUACUAACAUGGUCAAGACUAUAGAUGACGCUUUGCUGGCGAAAGCGCUUGAGGUGAAAAUCAGUAUCGAGGAGAAACUCCGGAAUAGGAACUGAAAAUAUAAUAUUAAGUGGAUCAAUGUACAUUAUUAAUUCGCCUAUUGAUAAAUAAAUAUUUUUUAUACAUUUUA